AUCUUCCCCAGGCCCUCGACCGGAAGUGGCUGGCCGCGGUGUGUCGGUAUAAUCGGUCCCCCAUCCCUCUGUGGCGCAGUAACGGACUGACAGUCGGUGAUGGCGGGAACGGCGCUGAAGCGGUUGAUGGCUGAGUACAAGCAAUUAACACUAAAUCCUCCAGAAGGAAUUGUUGCAGGUCCAAUCAGCGAGGAGAACUUUUUUGAAUGGGAGGCCUUAAUCAUGGGCCCGGAGGACACGUGUUUUGAAGGUGGUGUGUUUCCAGCUAUACUAAGUUUCCCACAUGAUUACCCACUGAGUCCACCAAAAAUGCGUUUCACAGGAGAAAUGUUUCACCCAAAUGUUUACCCAGAUGGGAGAGUUUGCAUCUCAAUUCUACAUGCACCAGGUGAUGACCCCAUGGGAUAUGAGAGCAGUGCAGAGCGGUGGAGUCCUGUUCAGAGUGUUGAGAAGAUUCUCCUCUCUGUUGUCAGCAUGCUGGCAGAGCCUAACGAUGAAAGUGGGGCCAAUGUGGAUGCCUCGAAGAUGUGGCGAGAUGACCGGGUGCAGUUCUGCAAAAUUGCCCAGCAAACUGUGCGAAAAUCCCUUGGACUGUGAUUGGAAAGCGCUUCAAAUGUCUGGGGAUUGUCGGCGGUAUUUAACUGUUCUUUGCACAAGCAGUUUGUUUCUUGCUAUUUGUAUUCAAGGAUAAUGUUAAGGAUCAUCCUGUUUUCUUUGGUGUUAGAACUAAUUUGGCCUACUGUUAAAAUUUCACCAGGACUAUUGAGUGGCUCCCAUUCCUGAAGUGAUGUUCUGUUUUCCAUUUCGGAUGCAAAUAGUUUGAACUUGCUUUGAAGAAAUAACUGAAGAGGUAAAAAAUAACUGCUGCAAAAGACACUUGGUAACAUGAGUUUUGUUUUUCCUAAAUAUUGCUGUAAUUGGAAAAGGUUGUAUUUCUGUGGGAUAUCGCUGCUUAGUCCUGGGGACAGUGAUGAAACUCUGUUUUAGGCAUCUGAUUAAUCUCUGAAUGCAGGAACAAGCUGAAUUUUGUUCCUCGCGUAGAAAGCCUUCAGCACAUUUUCUUUGCUUGUUAUGGUUGCACAGUAUGUUGUAGAAAUGAGUGCAGCAUGGUUUAAAAUUUGCAGCAAUGUCAUUUACCAGGUGAUAACUGCAUGCACCUGUCCCCAUCCAGCAUUUGCACAAAAAGUUACAGCAUGCUGAUGGUUUCUGAGAUGGAUUUAUUCGUAGAGGAAAACUGUGCGCUAGUGCAAGAAGCUUUUAGACAAAAAAAUUAAAGAACACGUAAACUACAAGAAGCAGCAAAUAUCUGGGGAAUGUCCCUUCAAAGCACCAAUAACAUUUCAACUUUAUUUCCCACCAGCAGAGAAAUCUGAUGAUGGAGGUAUAUUUGCCUUCCAUUAGAGAUGGGUACUGUGUGUGCAUCAUGCACGCGUUUUGACAUGUUUGGUGAAUGUCAUGCUCCGGAAUGAAAAGACUGCUCUGCUUCAUAAUCGUAACAAGACCUAGACAAUAUUCGGGCAAAUUAUCUUCAUGCCACACAAAUACCAGGCAAUGACCAUUUCCAACAGGAGAGGCUCUAACCAUCUCGGCUUGAUAAGCAGUUGCAUUAUUGAGCUCUUGCAUUUGAUAUCCUGAAGUUGCUAUUGACCAGAAACUCCGCUGGAUCAGAACUAAAAUCUUCCAACUACACGAGCAGGAGGAGACUUGUAUCUGGUAGCAAGCAAAUUAUUUUCACAAUCUUCGAGGCACAAAUUGGGGUGAGAUGUAAUACUCUCUACUCUUGAUCUGCCUUUAACACCAUAAUUCCAACCAAACGCUUGGACCUCAGACUCAGCACCCAUCUUGGCAACUGGAUCCUUGAAUUCUUGACCGAUAGACUACAAUUAACAAGGACAGAUAACAAAACAUCUUCUACGAUAAUUUGCAACACUCCUGUCCCCAAGCUGUGUUCUCAGCCCCUUUGUAUACACUCACGGCUGUGUAGCCUAAUACUCCUCAAACUCAACUUUGCAAAUGACACCACUAGCGUGCCAGAUCCCAGAAAAUGACCAGACAGAGCACAGCAAGGAGAGAGAGAGAGAGAGAGCUUAGUAACUUGGUGUCAAUACAGCAAUCACUCCCUCAACGUCAGCAAAAUGAAAGAGCUGGUCAUCGACUUCAGGAAAGGGGGUGGAGUAAACUCCCUGAAGUGGAUCGAUGGUGCUAAAGUGGAGAUGAUUGAGAGCGUCAAUUUCCGAGCUGUAAAUAUCAAAAACAAUUCAAGUACAUUGAUACUUUGGACAAGAAAGCACACCAAUGCCCCUCUUUCCUCAGAAGGCCAAGGAUACUCGGCAGGCCUCCAAUUAUUCUUGCCAAUUUCACUAGAAGCAUCGUAGAAAGCAUUGUAAUUGGAUGCAUCACAGCUUGAUAUGCAAUGGCUGUGCUCAAGACUUCAAAAAAAUUACAGACUGUUGUGAAUCUGCAGCCCUGUUCAUCACAUAAACAAGCCUCUGUUUUCCCCUCUGUAUUCCCCCACCCCACCUCCCAUAGACUCCAACUAUACUUUGUGCUGCCUCUGGAAGGCCGCUAAUGUGACCGUUUAAACCCGUCAUUUUCUCUUCUCCCCUCUCCCAUCGGGCAGAAGAUACAAAAGCUUGAAAGUGUUUACCACCAGAUUCAAGAACAGCUUCUUCCCUGCUUUUUCAGACUCUUGAACUCUUGUAUGCUAAGGAUGAAUUCCCAAUCUUCCAAUCUACCUCGUUGCAGCUCUUGCACUUUAUCAGUACUUUCUCUGCAUCUGUACACUAUGUUCUACACUGUUUAUUUUUGAUUUUGCGCAACCUGAUGUAUUCAUGUAUAGUAUGAUUUACCUGGAUAGCAUGCAGAGCAAAUCUUUUCAGUGUAUCUUAAUAUAUGUGACAAUAAUAACUUGGUACCAAUACCAAUGCUCUUUUGAGUAUGAGUAUUAAGCAUGACAUCACCCUGUCUAUAGCAGCCCUCUUAAUUGGCACCAAUCUAAGCAUUAUUUCCCUUUACCAAUUGUACAUAGUGACUGCAAAUAUAAAUCUAUAAAUGCACUCUAGUUACUCUAGAUCACUCCAACAGAGUUCUACCAAGGGGGAGCAGGCAUAUGAGAAUACAAUCACUGCAGGUUCCGUUCCUAGUUGCCCGCCAUUUUCUCUUAUAAAUAUUAUGCUGUUCCUUUACUGAGUCACACUCCUGGAAAUCCUACACUGACAGGACAAUGGGAGUGCUUUCAUCAGAAGAAUUGCAGCAGUUCAAGAAGACGAAUCUCCACUGCCUUCUCACGGGAAUUGGGAAUGGGUCAUUAAAUGAUGGGUCUUAAAUUAAGGCCAUAUCCUGACUUUUAUUAAUUGCUUUAAUUUUUUUCCCACUUCUUCCUAGAAGUAACAAAAUGCUUGCCUGAUUAUUUAAUAAAGUUAUUUCAAUGGAUAAUAGUGAAAA